AUGUCCUUCACCUUCGGCGCACCAGCGUCCAGCGGAACGUCCAGCGGAGGUCUAUUUGGAACAGCCGGUGGCUCUUUUGGCUCCAACCAGAACAGCUCAAAUACAGGGUCGACUGGUGCUAGUGGCGGUCUUUUCGGCAAUGUAGGAGCUUCGUCCGCUGGAGGCCCAUCAGCCUUCGGAGCGAAGCCUGCCAGUGCCAGCCCUUCUCUUUUCGGAGGUGCUGCUAGCAACGGAACUGGCAGCAACAGUCCACUCGCGUCCACAAACACGACCUCCGGAGGCUCUACCGGCGGGGGCUUCUCGUUUGGUCAAGCUCAAAACACAUCCGGUCCAUCCACUGGUUCAAUGUUUGGUGGUGGCACCUCGACUCCGGCGAAGACAGAUGCAGCUACACCUAGUGCAAAUGGUGGUGGGUUAUUUGGAGGUGGUCCUCCCAGUGGAAGUGCAUUUGGGGCCUCAACUACUCCCGGUCCCUCAGGCGGCUCUUUGUUUGGCAAUGCUUCAACUACUCCUGCUGGCCCUCCCCCGGGAUCCAGUGCUCCAAGUUUGUUUGGAGGAAUGAAGGCCGGUGCCACUUCGACAACCCCAGCAACCAACUCAGCCUUCUCUGCUACCCCAGCUACAAGCCAGCCACAACCUGCUGGCGGCCUAUUUGGCGCCGGUGCCGGCUCCACAUCAACAACCCCCAAGCCUGCAUUUGGAUCCACGCCUGCCGCCGGCAGCGGAGGUCUCUUCGGCGGCGCAAAGCCAGCUGAGUCUACAACUUCAGCGGCUCCUGCAGCCAGUGCCGCAAAACCUAGUUUCUUUGGCACAGCCGCACCGGCUGCUGGUAGUGCCCAAAGCACACAGAAUUCUCUUUUCAAAAUGCCAUCUGCUGGAGGCGACUCAGCCCCAAAGGCCGCAUUCCCUUCUCUCGGCGCUCCUUCUUCAACUACAACAGCUACAUCGCAACCCUCAUUGGGAGCUCCUGCGACAUCCUCCACGCCCCAAGGCUCUUCUCUCUUCCCCUCCCUUGGGGGCACAACCUCUUCCGCUCCUCAAUCGUCUACACCCGCAGCAGCUCCUAGCGGUGGCAUGUUUGGCCAGCCCGCUGCUUCCGCUGCUCCAGCGUCCGCAGCUACUACAGCCGCACCCGCUGCCACUUCUGCAGCCCCAGCUCCUUCCUUAGGAGGCGGCCUGUUCAAACAGCCCGCUCCUUCAGCUACAGCUACUCAACCUCCUCCUGCUUCUGCUGCCGCUACCACUGCUGCCACAACGGCCCCGGCUGCGACUGCGACUGCUACUGCCCCUGCCCCUGCUAACACGGGCGCUGCUGCACCAUCUGCCCUUGGACAGUCAACCACUGGCCCAGCCCCACCAGCCCAGUCACGGUUGAAGAACAAGACUAUGGACGAGGUCAUUACUCGGUGGGCGACAGAUCUCACUAAGUACCAAAAGGACUUCCGUGAUCAGGCAGAGAAGGUGGCCGAAUGGGAUCGGAUGCUAGUAGAGAACGGAACUAAAGUUCAGAAGUUGUAUGGCAGCACUGUGGAUGCAGAGCGGGCCACUCAAGAAGUUGAACGUCAACUGGCCUCGGUGGAGGGUCAACAGGAUGAACUUAGCUCAUGGCUGGAUCGUUAUGAGCGGGAGGUCGAUGAGAUGACCUCGAAGCAGCUGACUCACAAUGAAGCCCUCCAGGGCCCAGAUCAAGAGCGCGAGAGAACAUACAAACUGGCCGAGAAGCUCUCCGAGCAUCUGGAUGAGAUGGGCAAGGACCUGACCAGCAUGAUUGAAGAGGUCAACGGUGCCUCUGCAACACUGAGCAAGACCAACCGGGCAGACGAACCUAUCUCACAAAUUGUGCGCAUUCUCAACUCGCACCUCUCUCAACUACAGGUUAUCGACCAGGGUACCUCCGAACUCCAGUCCAAGGUUUCAGCCGCUCAAAAGGCCGGCCAAUCCAUCUCUUCUCGUCUGGGAUAUGGUGGUUUUGCUAGUCCCGGCAUGAACGGAGGUAAUGCCGCAGAUGAUUUCUACCGCUCCUACAUGGGAAGACGGUAA